AUGGCAAAUGAUGAAGAGGACAGUUUGGCCAAAAAGAAUAGGAAUGCGGUUAUUCAAAGCUAUUUAAGAUAUACCAUAACGAAUUCAUUUAAUUUGUCAAAUGAAAAAUCUCAUUUGGAACAGUUUCGAAGUAAAUGCUCCUCAACAUUACAUAAUCUAAGAAUUUGUGUAACAUCAAAUUGUAUGAAUGGUAAAAUGAAUCACAGUGAACAUUAUUUUAUGAUUGGUGAUAGUGGUAUCGUUGAUAGCUGUGAUGGGACGAAUGUAAAAAAAAUACUUUCUAGUAUCUAA